AUGUUUUUGGACAAAGAAGUAAAUUCAGUUGUACUCCAAGAGAACUCGCUUCUUGUGAUGGGCAACAAAGAGAUAGAAGAGUACUCUCUAAACACAUGCCAAGCAACAAACAGAUACAGAACAGAGCACAGCCAUUUUUCUGUGGCACAGAAUAAACUAAUAAGUGUGCAUAACGGCAGCAUAUACUUGCACAGAAGCAGAGAGAUCGGCGGAAAGACAGAAAAAGAAGAAUCAGAAAAUGUGAGCGGAAACAGAAAGAGUGAACAGAGCGAAAUGGAAGGAGAAGUAGUGGGGAGAAUCGAAGGAGAGAUCCAGAAUAGAAGAAUACACAUAGCAGACGAGUGGGUGUAUGUAUAUACCGUAGAAAAUGGGUCUAUGCACAUUACAAAGAGUAGAAUCUCAGCUGACCCAAAAACAAAGAAAGAAAAACUUCCCCUGAUAGAAAUACCAGAGCAUUUUGUGUGGAAGAACGACUCUGUGUACUUUGUCAAAGAGAGCACGCUCUAUGAGCACAAUGCAAGCACAGGGGAGGCAAUUUCUCAUGUGACUUUGCCCAGGAUAAAAGUGUGCGCCUUGGAAGUAACUGAUCAUUACGCAGUCGUUGCAGUCGAUAAUAUCCUUCUUAUCAUAAACUUAAGCAGCAAGAUAGUUCAGAAAGUGACCUGGCACUCCAGUGAGAUCAGAAAAAUACUCCAGCUAACGGAUGACCUGAUCAUCUCGCAGUCCAGCAGAGGCAUCAUUCUUCUCACAGACUGCAACUCGCAUAGCAAUACGUACAUCACCACAGAUCACGAAAUAAUCAGAGAAAAGUUCAGAGGAGAAAAAGCAAAAAAAAGCGCACUUUACGUCUCUCCACUCGGAUACCUUGCCAUCCACUGCGAGUCGUACAUUAGGAUAGUAAACAUUCCCUCUAAGACAGUGCAGACCAUCUAUCUGCUAAAAGCAGCCAAAAGUGCGGUAGAAGUGCAAAAAAAGAGCCUAGAAAAAGAAGAGUUUGUGCCCACCUUUGACGAGCCAGAAAAGAACAGAAAAAUAAUGCAGGUGUUCAGCAGAGGAAUGUAUCUGCCAGAGAGCACGAUGUACUGUGUUGGAAACGCUCUUGUUUUUGUGAGCGGAGGAGAAGCCUACAGAAUAUUCCAGGAGAUUCCAGAGAUAAAAAGUGCAUUCUAUUCGAAUGGGUACAUUCUCGUGAGCACAGUAGAGACGGAAGAGCUCGAAAUACUCAGAGAGAAAGUCGUUGAGCAAAAAGAAAAGCUUAUUUAUAGAUUGUACAAAAUAUUGCCAAAUGCCCUGGAAAUCGUAGCAGAGGCAGAGAUGCAAGAAAUAGAAAGUGCAAAGGAGAUUAAAAGAGUAGAAGUAGACAGCACCAGUGUAAGAAUCACCAUUGAGCAAAAUGGAGCAACACUCACGAGUGAAUACGACCAUUCUUUAAGCAGCAUUCAGUAA